AUGUCGCUGACAAGCUCGAGCCCCGUCACCUGUGCGCAAUCCGCCUCGCUCGCCUCACACACCCUGUCCAUCCUGCCGCUCUCGGCACGCAAUGAUGCCCUGACGGCCAUCCACGCGGCUCUGGUCCAGCAAAAGGCGGAGAUCCUCGCGGCCAACGCGCACGACAUGGCGCUCGCCCAACAGGCUUCGUCCCAAGGGGAGUUGAGCCAGUCGGUGCUGAAGCGUCUCGACCUGGGCCGUAAGGGCAAGUACGACGACAUGCUGAAGGGGAUCUUGGACGUGCGCGACCUGCCGGACCCGAUCGGCAUGGUGGAUCUGCGUACGAGGCUGGAUCGUGGCCUAGAGUUGGAGAGGGUGUCGUGUCCCAUCGGCGUCCUACUCAUCAUCUUCGAGGCGCGGCCCGAGGUCAUCGCCAACAUCGCCGCCCUAGCCAUCAAGUCUGGGAAUGCGGCCAUCCUGAAGGGUGGCAAGGAGAGUACCGCGAGUUUCGAGGCCAUUGCCACAGUCAUCGGCCAGGCCCUGGCUAACACUCAGGUUCCUGCCGCGGCGAUCCAGCUGGUCAAGACCCGGGAUGUCAUCGACGAUCUGCUGGGCUUGGAUCGGUACAUCGAUCUCGUCAUCCCCAGAGGCGGCAAUGAACUGGUCCGAUACGUCAAGAGCCACACAAAGAUCCCAGUCCUGGGCCACGCCGACGGCCUGUGUUCCGUGUACCUGCACAAGGACGCAGAGAAGGACGUGGCCAUCAAGGUGGUGGUGGACGCCAAGUGCGAUUACCCAGCGGCGUGUAACUCGGCAGAGACGCUUCUCGUGCACGAGGCGGUGUUGAAGACGGUGCUGCCCAGUGUGGUGGAAGAGCUCCAGAAGAGGGGCGUGAGGUUACGUUGCGACGAACAGAGCAAGAAAGCAUUGACGGAAGUGCUGAGUCCUGCGAACGCAGCCUUGCUGCAAGACGCGACCGAGGCGGAUUUCACAACGGAGUUUCUCGACCUGAUCAUGGCCGUCAAGACGGUCCCAGGGACGACUCCGUCUUCAAACGGUUUACCGAACGGCCACUCGUCCCCCAAUGGCGGUGGUGAUGCCCCAUACAACGACGACGCAAAUGAUCCUUCUCUGCUCCGGGCCAUCGCGCACAUCAACACCCACUCAUCGCACCACACCGACGCCAUCAUCACGCGCUCCGCCGCCGCGGCCGAGAAGUUCAUGUCCGCGGUGGACUCGGCCGGCGUGUACUGGAACGCCUCCACGCGGUUCGCCGACGGGAUGAGGUACGGCUUCGGCACCGAGGUGGGCAUCAGCACGAACAAGAUCCAUUCGAGAGGCCCCGUGGGUCUGGAGGGCUUGACCAUCUACAAGUACAAGAUCAGGGGGACGGGCCAAGGGGCCGGGGAGUACGGCGAAGGCGAGGGACAGCGGAGGUUUCUGCAUGAGAGGAUUGAGAUAUGA